AGCAUCAAAAGCAAUUUCUCAGGACAAGAGAGAAUGGAAGUAAGCGAAAAGGAGACCAAUUAAAACAGGAUAAACUAGAACGGAAUCAAAUAAGAUUAAAAUGAAUCCAAACCGGAUCAGACUAAAUGGCAUUGUCUGGGUGGAAUUGUUUCAGCAAAAUUGCCUAAAUGAAAUUCAAAAGGAACUUAUCAAAAGCAAUUUAAACAUGGUAGAUCGAAGAAAUGCCUAUGAGAAAUUAGGGGUUUUUGCGAGUGGUAGAUUAUGUUAUUGCUGCAAACUCAGUGGAGUAAACGUCAGUUCUACAAGACUAAGAAGAAAGAAAUAGAAAGAUUAGAGCAGUAAAACAGUUGAAUAGCAGAAUAGUUGAAGCGAAUAGAAGUGGGAAAGGAGCCAAAAGCAGCAAAAGGCAAGAAUUGUCUAAACCA